AUGUGCUCAUGGUUUUCUUUUCACUUUAAAACUUUCAUUAAUUAUAGCAAAUUUUUGGUUUAUGUCAGCUGUGCUCUUUCUAUAUGGGGAGAUAGAAUGUGGCACUUUGCUCUGUCUGUGUUCCUGAUAGAGUUAUAUGGACGCAACCUUCUCCUGACAGCAGUUUUUGGCUUAGUGGUGGCUGGCUCAGUGCUGGUGUUUGGGGUUUUAAUUGGAGACUGGAUUGACAGAAAACCGAGAAACAAAGUGGCCCAUGCAUCCCUGUUCCUUCAGAACUCCUCGGUCGCUGCCUGCUGCGUCGUGCUGAUGUUGGUGUUCUCCUACCAAAGCGAGCUUGAAGGCAUCUGGCAGGGCUGGCUCAUGGUGGCCUGCUAUGUGGCAGUGAUUAUCUUAGCAGAUCUGGCCAACCUGGCCAGCACAGCCCUGACCAUCACCAUUCAGAGAGACUGGAUCGUGGUCAUCACUGGGGACAAUAGAAGCCAGCUGGCUGGCAUGAACGCAACGAUUCGAAGGAUGGACCAAGUCAUCAACAUCUUUGCCCCCCUCUCUGUGGGACAGGUGAUGACAUGGGCAUCUAACGUCAUUGGUUGUGGCUUCAUCCUGGGAUGGAACUUGGUGUCUCUGCUGGUGGAGUUCCUCUUCCCGUCUAAGUUUAUCAGGGAAAUUCAUUCUUGUCCAACCAUUGAUGAGUUUGCCAACAUGCCCAAGACUUUGGAAGGACCAGAGGACCCACCAUCUCCUCUGGAAGCCCAGCAGGACAUGACCUCCAGGCAAACUGUCUUCUUGGCAGGAUUGGGUUUAGCCUUCUUGUACACAACUGUGCUGGGCUUUGACUGUAUCACCACAGGCUAUGCCUACACACAGGGGAUCGGGGGCUCCCUUCUCAGCCUCCUUAUGGCCAUCUCAGCCUUCUCGGGUCUUGUGGGCACAAUCCCCUUUACCAGGUUAAGAAGGUCCUAUGGCUUAGUUCACACGGGCCUCAUCUCCAGCUGUCUCCACAUAGGCUGUUUGCUGCUCUGUGUGUUUUCUGUCUUUGCCCCUGGGAGUCCUUUUGAUUUGGGCAUUUUCUCUCUUUCACUAAGCCAGAACUCUUCCUUAAGUCACGAGAUGCUGAAAGAGAACACUGUACAUGUUUCUCCUUUUGAAAGAAACAUUAACCAGCCUAUCCUUCCUGGUCGCUCAACCAUCCACUGGACCAAUAAUACUGUUCUGAUGGAUGGUCCACAAGAGAGCAACCAGCCUGAGUCAUAUAUCUCCAUCAUCUUGCUCUUCUCAGGAGUGAUCUUGGCCAGAAUCGGUCUCUGGUCCUUUGACCUCACUGUGACUCAGCUCCUUCAAGAAAACAUCGCAGAUUCAGAACGUGGCACUGUGAAUGGUGUGCAGUGUUCCAUGAACUACCUAAUGGACCUUAUCCACUUCAUCCUUGUCAUCCUGGCCCCAGCCCCUCAACAAUUUGGGCUGUUGGUGUUCAUUUCUAUCAUCUUUGUGAUUAUGGGGCACACCAUGUAUUUUGUUUAUGCACCCCGCCUGUUGAUUGGCCAGAAUUUCAUUUGGUGCCGCACGGUAACAAAAGGACAGAAGGUGCGAUCCGGAGCCUUAAUUGAAGAUAACAAGUUUCGAGCUGUCCUAGUUGCAGUAAGCAAUGGAGAGAUUGAUGUCUGGCUUGAGGUGGAGGCACAGAGUGGGGCCUUGGCUUGA